AGGUCGCAAUUAAGCUGUUGGGGUUUUCUGCUACUCUGUUUCAAUUUGUUUGCUGUAUCUUGACUUAGCACGGAUGUUAAGAAAGCAAAGAAGGCUUUUGUCAAAUGUAUCAAAAAAUGCCCUUUCAUCUUGUGGAAAGUUGGAACAAAAGAGUCCCUUAAAAGGGAACGAGGCAUUCUUUUUUGAAAUGGAGUAAAAGAAAAGUAGGACAAGCAUAUUGAAAUGGAAGGAGUAUUUUCUUUUUUGGAUUUAAGUGUAUUGUUUUUGGACUCUUGGAUAUCAAUUGAGUCCAUUGAUCUUGACAUAAGUUGAGUUAUGUAGUUGAAGUACAUAUUCAUCUGAUGUGGGGGGGAAAUUGACGUUUCUUUCUGAACUAUUAAGUGCAUGUAAAUUAAGCCUCUUGUUUCUGUGGUCAAGUACCAUUUUCUCUAUAGAAUGAAGUUUAGUAGUCCAAUGUCCGCCUUAAGCGGUCAAACAGUUAAUUUAACCUUGGCCAUUUCUGGUAGGAAGAGACAAUUCUAGUGACAUUUAUUGAGGGAGCCUGUUCGUCUUCUUUUUUUUACCUGGUGGAACCGAUGGAUUUUAAUCCAAUCUCUGAUGUUUAAUCCUAAUCCGUAAAAUGCCUGUUAUGUUGCACCCAAGGGUGUGGCCUAGUGGUCAAUGAAGUGGGUUGAGAACUUGAGGUCUCAAGUUCAAACCCCAGUAGGUGAUUCUUCCCAUUUGUCCUGUCCUAGCCUUGGUGAACAGAGUUACCUGGUAGGUGGCAGAUAUCCCGUGGAUUUAGUUGAGGUACACGAAAGCUAGCUUGAACACCUUCUCAUCUGAAGAACAAGAUGAAUGAAUCCAGGAGUAUUUCAAAUGUUCCCUCUGUUUUAAUUUGUGGUCUUAAACAUGUUUAGCUUGUUGAGUUAAUUGGUACUUUUGUUGGGAGUGUGUAUCAAUAGAUCUGUUUAGCUUCUACUUUGUAACGUUAUGGUUUAUAUUGGUGACAAAAAAAAGGAUGUUUGAACUUCUGUUUGGCACGUUGUGCACGGGGUUUACUUGUUUUGGGUGCGGUGCAUUCGUGAAGUUCAGUGUGGACUGUGUUCAUCUGAAUUCGAGGCAACUGGGUCAAAAAAAUUAUCUUGCUUCUUGUUCCAUUGCUCAAACAGGGAGAGCCUAGUGAAUACUAUUGAUUGCUUAAAAGGAAGUGUUCUUUGCUUGAGUUCAAGUGAGCAUUUUUGGAAGUUUAUGAUUUUAAGUUCUCCUAGGACAUAAAUUUAUUGAGAAAAUCAAAGAUUUACUACUGGAGGAUAUCUUUGAUGUGUUAUAUGAUUUGUUUAUUAGUGCAUCCAUGCUGAUAAUUUGUCAUGGUUUAAGGUAUCCAUAUAUUUCCACAGAAACCUCUGAAAAUAUUCCAUUGUGAACCAACUGGAAAAAGGACCUGAUACUGUUUCUAAUUUUACUUUAUCUUUGGGGAGUGUUGUAAGUUUCCAAUUUCUCCCAAAAAUUAUUGAAACAACACCUUUGUUUUCACUGUUUGGAGGAAUGCUAUAUCAAACUCAUCUCGUUUUUAUUCAACAACAACAACAACAAACCCAGUAUAUUCCCACAUAGUGGGGUCUGGGGAGGGUAGAAUGUACGCAGUCCAUAUCACUACCUCUAGAGAGGUAGAGAGGCUGUUUCCGAUAGACCCCCUGCUCAAGACAAAAGACAUUAAAUAGAAACAUCAAAAUCGUAGAACAUGAUACAAAUAAAAUAGGUACGACACUCGCAAUUAGAGAAAAGAAAAAAGAAAUACAUACGUAAACCAAUAACUAAAGCCAUAAAUAAAUAGAUAAAUACAUAAAUUUGCCAACAAACGACAGCAAGUCCACCUGCUUACUGACUAAUCCUCCUCCACACCCUUAGCCCUCCUCUCUAAUGCUUUUAUUCAAAGAAUUAAAAAUAAACUUAAAAAAUUCAGUUUCUUACAAUAUUAACUACAUGGAAGCGAAAUAUAAUUCUAUGAAUUUUUAUUAUUAAAAGUAUCUAAACUUUUUUUUUAGAAAUCUCAAUCAUCGAAAAUUUAUUUGACUCUUCCAUGUAGUAAUAAUUCCUUGAUGCUAUGUAAAAUGGGGUAAAGGGGGGUUACAUUAUUAUAAGAAUGAUGGUCAUGUGUAAUGACUAUGCACUUCAACCUAUUGAUAGUCGUGUGUUAAUUGUGAUAUACAUGAAGUUGUUUACUUUAGUGUUAAAUUUAUGAAAUAUUUAUGACGGUUACUUUUCUCAAAAAAUAUUAUGAAACGUUUUAUGUUUAAAUUUAUACAUGAUUUCUAAAGCAUUCCCGAAAUGUUCUCUAAAAAUUACUAUUCUUUGUUAAUCCGAGCUUACUAUGGAAAGAACCUUUAAACUUCUAUUUUAGUGGUCUAUUUGAGUCCGAAUGGUGUUUACACAGAGUGAAGUAGUUCUGCUGCCCAUUUGUUGCGGACAUUCUAAUACCACUAUGCAACAGUGCACUGGUUUUAGAUCUGAAACAGAUUUCAUCACAGUAACAUUUAAGAUUUUGACAUCUCUCUUGCUUGUUGAACUAGCAUUAGGUGGUGAUAACGUCCUUUGUAGCAUAUUCCUAUAUUACAGUUAUCUGCAAGAUGCAAGGACCAACCAAGGAAAAUGUUAAUUCAAGGCAUCCACAGUUGCUAUAUGAAUCUAAGUUGUAUAGGAUUCUUCAGGGAGGAACUGGAAUUCCAAAUGUGCAGUGGUUUGGCGUGGAGGGAGAUUACAAUGUUUUAGUCAUGGAUUUACUAGGACCCAGUCUUGAAGAUUUAUUUAAUUUUUGCAGCAGGAAGCUUUCCCUGAAGACAGUUUUAAUGCUUGCUGAUCAGAUGAUAAAUCAUGUUGAAUUUGUUCAUUCUAAAUCAUUUUUGCAUCGAGAUAUCAAGCCAGACAAUUUUCUUAUGGGCUUGGGAAGGCGUGCAAAUCAGGUGUACAUAAUUGACUUCGGUCUAGCCAAGAAGUACAGAGAUAGUUCAUCUCACCAACACAUUCCUUACCGAGAGAACAAAAACUUGACGGGCACUGCAAGAUAUGCCAGCAUGAACACUCACCUCGGCAUCGAGCAAAGCAGGAGGGAUGAUUUGGAGUCUCUUGGAUAUGUUCUUAUGUACUUCCUUCGAGGAAGUCUUCCUUGGCAAGGGCUGAAAGCAGGAAAUAAGAAACAGAAGUAUGAGAAAAUUAGUGAAAAGAAGGUUUCAACAUCAAUCGAGGCUUUAUGUCGAGGUUAUCCUGCUGAAUUUGCAUCGUAUUUCCAUUACUGUCGUUCUCUCCGCUUCGAGGAUAAACCAGAUUAUGCUUAUCUGAAGAGAAUAUUACGUGACCUCUUCAUCCGUGAAGGUUUUCAGUUCGAUUAUGUGUUUGAUUGGACAAUAUUGAAGUAUCAGCAAUCGCAAAUUGCAGCUCCUCCUUCCCGACUUCAUGGCCCUGGUGCUGGAACCAGCUCAGGCAUGCCUCCAGUUAUUCCCAAGGCAGAAAGAAAGACAGGUGAAGCAGGAAGACAAUCAGCAGAACCUUCUAGAAGUCCUGGGCCACUGAUAAGUUCUGGAAGUUUAUCCAGGCAGAAGAGUGCUAUUGGAAAUGAUUCCAUGAGCAAGGAUGCUAUGUUGUCAAGCUCCACUUUUCUGGGAAGAUCUAGUGGGUCUCUGAGGCAAGGUAGAGUUUCUGGGAGCCGUGAGACUUUCACAAUGGGGAAUGACUCUGGCCCUACACAUUCUUGCACGCCUGAGGCAAGUCCAGCGGCUAUGCACAAAAUAUCAGGUGGACAUAGAAGCUCUCUACUUGGUGGAUCAUCUGAUACUAGAUAUGCCUCGUCUGGCAAGAAUACUUCUGGCAUAAAGAACUAUGAAUCGGCGCUCAAAGGAAUUGAGACUCUACAUUUUGACGAUGAAGGGAGGGCUCAUUGAUUGCAUAUCCUUUCACUUGUAAAUUUUUUCCGGUAAGACUUAAGAUAGAAUGGAGGACCUGAAGUUGAUUUUUGUUCAAAUUUGUGGGUUAGAAACUAGCGAACUAGCAUUAUUUGGGCUGGCAAACGGUCUACAACAAAUAAAUAGAUCCAGAUGGUGCAAAUGUAGGAGGUGAGGUUGUUAAUAUGAAUGACGACAUGUGCAUGACUCUUUAUAGAUCUAGACAAAGAAUGCAGCAUUGUGUAUAAACAUUUGAUUCUGUCAAACUGUUGGGGAUUAAUUAAACUGUACAUUGCCGUAGUAA